GAAGUAGUCGGAAGUCCGUUUUUUAUUUUGUUGUUUUUCAGUUUUUGUUCUCUCUGCACAAGUACACAGUUAGAGAGAACAACACACCAAACUAAACAAAAAAAAUUAAAACACAACCACACACGAUUUAAAACGGAUAGCUAAAAUUAUUAUGAAUAGAGAGAAUCACAACUCCAAAAAAUAAUUAUAUUAUUAUAAACGAACGCAAAACACGAAACCAACACAAAACAACAACAAAAAAACCAACAAAAGCUAAUUAUAAUAAAAUAAACUCUUUAAAUUUAUCGUUCAAGAAAAAGUAAGAAAAAAAGAACACAAAUUUGAAAAUCGCGCGCCCGCGACCAGUUUAUUGAAGAAGAUUUACGCGACGAAUAAAAAUGUUUUUAGUUUGAGCCCAUAAAAAAAAUUAAACGAUUACCAUCUUCGAAAUUAUUUCAACAAAAAGUUGGCCGCAGAGUUAUUCGACACAUUCAGCCAACGAAUGCAAUUAAGUUCGUUUAAAAGGAAAAUCAAGCGAGAAAUAUAGCGGAAAUAGCAACGGAAAAUACUAAACGUUAAAACAAUUUUAAACUUUCGUAUUGUAUUUUGUUGCCAUUUUAUCUAUGCUUUUAUGAAGAACAAAAUCCAAAAAGUGUAUAGCCAGCCAUGUGUACACUAUGUACACACAUGUAUUAUGUAUUAUACCCUUCAACAUAAAAAGCAAAUCACACGCAAUUUUAAAUGUCCGUCGCAUUGAGUCGAAUAUUCUUGUGGCAUACGACGAAUAAUAAUUCUCGAUUUAAAAAAAAUUCAACGUUUUAUUCGGUGAAUUCAGUUGAACGAGACGAAUUUUCAUCAACUUCAUACACCCGAUACACACACUGCCGAUAUAAUGUACUACGAUGAAAAAGACAUUGCGUCAUGACGACAACACAUUAAAUAAAAUGUGUAAAAAUAGACAAAUAAACACUUUCAAUAAAACGACGCUUUAAGAAGAAGAAAAAGAUCACAAAGCAAAAAAAAAGAACAAACGAAUCAAAAAUCAAAGAAGAAAAAAAACCAAAUGAUAUAAUGGUGGUGAUUGAUGAAUGUAAAGAAAUAUGGAAAUGACAAUAUUUAAUGUUCAACGCACAUUGGCGAGCCCCAUGAGCUGUCGAUAGGAAAAAACAAACAGUUUGAAAAGUCAACUAAUAAAUAACGGCGGGGAAGGACGAAAGCGCCGCAUACACACAGUGUGAAAUAACGACGAAAAUACACUCGGCACAGAGUGAAAUUUAUCGCGAUAUAGAGAAGAAAAAAAGAGUUAAAAGCGAAUAGAAGCCAAACCAAACAACAUGAAUGAAUUGUGUAGCAACAGCAUAAAUAAUGGGAUGCUGGCCAGAAUUUUGAUAGACGAUAGGAUAAUGACACAAAAACUGACUGCACUCCACUGUUGGAAAUUGACAUGAAUGCUGGACACGAGAUCGGGGCGUGUAAGAGAACGACGGAUAAAUGCAAUCAAUUGAAGGAGGAACACCAUUCGCAUUGAAAAACUCCAAGUGAGUGAGUGUGUGUAUGACAAAACGACCAAUUAGCGUUAACGCUUCAAUUUACCAAUAGCUUAGCUAUAUAUUUAAAACAAAAAAAAGUACAGCCAUUGUAGAUAAAAACCAAAAGCCAUUUAAAAGUAAUCGUAAAAAGUAAUAAAAAAAUCAGUAGACAAAAAAACACAAUACUAAUCCGAAGUACGAAUGCAUCCAGUCGAAGACAUCGCCGACCACAAAUAAUAUCCAUGGUUGAAUUAUGUAAACAAAUCGACACACUCACUUAAGAUGGCUUUAAUCGACUGGGACCGAUAACAUUUAUACAAUAGACACAAUCGACACCAACAACAAUAACGAAACAAAAAGAAACAGAAAUAAAAAAGAACAAAUCCAAAAUCCUAAGCAGCAAAACAACAGCAACUCAUCGACAACAAAUUGAAAUUGGAUAAGAAUAUUCCAUUUGCAGUAAUACACUUGAAAACAAUAGCUUUACCCGGAGAAUAGAGAGAACGAGUUUGUGUAAGAGGCAUGGCUGCUGUAGCUGGACUCUAUGGCUUGGGUGAGGAAAAUCGUAAAUAUCGUUUGAAACAAGCUGCAUUGGACCGCGAACACGCUAAGGCUAAGGAAGAUGCACAUAAGCAAAGCGAUAAAACACCCGAUGGAUUUAGCGAACCAUCAUUACCCAAACUGAGCAGUCAAGAUGAAGAAGGGGGGGCUGGAAUUGGUUUCCCAACGCAGCCACAACAUUUUGAACCAAUUCCGCAUGACCAUGACUUUUGCGAAAGAGUUGUCAUCAACGUAAGUGGCUUAAGGUUUGAAACGCAAUUACGUACAUUAAAUCAAUUUCCGGAUACUCUGCUUGGAGAUCCGGCCAGGCGUCUAAGGUAUUUUGAUCCACUACGCAAUGAGUAUUUUUUCGAUCGUAAUCGACCAAGUUUUGAUGCAAUUCUGUACUAUUAUCAAAGCGGCGGCCGAUUAAGAAGACCAGUUAAUGUCCCUUUAGAUGUGUUUAGUGAAGAAAUUAAAUUUUAUGAAUUAGGCGAACAAGCAACUAAUAAAUUCAGAGAGGAUGAAGGCUUUAUCAAAGAAGAAGAAAAACCACUACCAGACAAUGAAAAUCAAAGAAAAGUGUGGUUGCUCUUCGAAUAUCCAGAAAGUUCGCAAGCAGCCAGGGUUGUAGCCAUAAUUAGCGUAUUUGUUAUACUUCUUUCAAUCGUUAUAUUUUGUUUAGAAACUUUACCCGAAUUUAAGCACUACAAGGUGUUCAACACAACAACAAAUGGCACAAAAAUCGAGGAAGACGAAGUGCCUGACAUUACAGAUCCAUUCUUCCUCAUAGAAACAAUAUGUAUUAUAUGGUUUACAUUCGAACUGAGCGUCAGGUUUAUGGCAUGCCCAAAUAAAUUAAAUUUCUUCAGGGAUGUUAUGAAUGUAAUCGAUAUAAUCGCUAUCAUUCCUUACUUUAUAACUUUGGCCACGGUUGUUGCCGAAGAGGAAGACACGUUAAACCUUCCGAAAGCUCCUGUUAGCCCACAGGAUAAGUCUACGAAUCAGGCGAUGUCCUUGGCAAUAUUACGUGUGAUACGAUUAGUUCGAGUAUUUCGAAUAUUUAAAUUAUCACGACAUUCAAAAGGCUUACAAAUUUUAGGACGAACACUGAAAGCCUCCAUGCGCGAACUAGGUUUAUUAAUAUUUUUCUUAUUUAUAGGCGUUGUACUAUUUUCGUCCGCCGUAUAUUUUGCUGAGGCGGGAGCUGAAACGUCCUUCUUCAAAUCAAUACCAGAUGCAUUUUGGUGGGCCGUGGUUACAAUGACCACUGUUGGCUAUGGCGAUAUGAGACCGGUCGGCGUAUGGGGCAAAAUUGUUGGAUCAUUAUGUGCCAUUGCUGGUGUGUUAACCAUUGCUCUUCCAGUUCCUGUGAUAGUUAGCAAUUUCAACUACUUUUACCACAGAGAAACUGAUCAGGAAGAGAUGCAAAGUCAAAACUUUAAUCACGUCACUAGUUGUCCAUAUUUGCCGGGAACAUUAGGUCAACAUUUAAAGAAAUCCUCACUGUCUGAAUCGUCAUCGGAUAUGAUGGACUUGGAGGAUGCUGUUGAUACGACACCAAAUCUAAUGCCUGAAUCGCAGAUGCGUUUAGUUCCGUUUUUUGGAACAACGGCUACGACAAUGGAGAGAUCGCUGCAGCCGAACAAUUGCUACAAGCAAACAUCGACCAACGGUCAUAAUGCUCAACAGCAGCGUCACAACAGUGCGUUGGCCGUUAGCAUUGAAACAGAUGUUUGACUACUGGGUCACCUAAUUACGAUUUUACCGAAAUUUACCAAAGCUACUUCUAAAUUCGCUAUCACCUAAAUCAAUCGCAAUAUACACUUAGUUCAGAUGAUGAAAGAAAGACAGAAAUAAAAGAGAGACAGACGAAAUACCAAAAUGUGAAGAGCAACCACAACAACAGCAGAAACAACAGAGAAAAAAGAAAUCGAGAUUGAUUGACAGCUAAUAUUAUUGAAUCUGCGUGUAAAUAUAUGAAAUUUCAAAAUGGAAUCAAAUACAUUUUACAUAAAAUGCAAUGCGAAUAAGCGAGAACCUAUAAAUUAAACCCAAUUAAAAACAUGAUAGACAAAAUAACAAAAAAAGGAUGAGAUUUACCAAAAAAAAUAAUAAUAAUAACUAAAUAAAUACCAUAGAGUUUAGUGUCUUGCAAAGCAGAAAUCCCCCGAUCUCUUCGAAAAUACAUACAUGUGUUUAUUAAUAUUGUUUAUUAUUUUUCGCUCCGCUCGAGACACCAACAAGAUAUUUACAUGAAAUUCGCCGCCAUUCAUUGAGAUUUUAAAACCACACUCUAUCCUCCUCCCCCAUCGUUACCACAUCUAUAUAAAAGCAAACAACAGCCGCAGCAGCAGCAGCUAAUUUUAUCAAAUACGUAAGAUAUAAGUGAAGAAUUCAAACAAAAAUCCAAAUAGCUUCUAUCAGCGGCCGCAAACUGGAUUUUACUUUACUCAUCAACUCUCUCUCUCUAUCUCUCUCUCGCUCGCUCAGCACCAAAAAAAAGCAAUUAAUAUAAUUUAUUAAAAUAACAACUCGGACUCAAUGUUCAACAUAUACAAACGAUGAAUGGAUUAUCGAAUCAAGCCUACUUCGAAACAAUGAUAUGCAUAUGUCUAUGUUGGUUAAUAGAAAAACAGACACACACAAAACCAAAACAAAUGCUGAGACUAACAAUAUUUUUAUCAAUAAAUUAAAAUGAAACAAACAAAAAACAACAGAAACUAUGUAAAAACAAAUCGUAUAGAAAAGAUUAUCACCAAAAACUUAUUCAAAUUCAGAGACAAUUUAAGCUAACAAAUUAAAAAUAAUUUACGAAUGUGAAAUAGAUGGGAAAACAAAUCGAACGGGAGAGAAUGAGAGAAAAGAAUGCAAUAACGGAAGCCGAGCGAAAAACAAAAAGAAAUACCACGAAUAGACAGCGACACGAACAAGAAAUAGAGAAGAGUGAAUGACGAUGACGACGACGAAAAUGAAAUGUAACGAAGCAAAUGAUAGUCAAUAGAGUUGAAUGCCUAUCAUGCGAUUUGCAAUUUGCGCUUUAAAGGCUAGAGAAAUGUGCAAUUUACAAUGUCAAAACAUGCAAUGAAAAUUGGGCGCACGAACUUCCACACAUACAUCACAGAUAUUUUCUCGCUCUCACACACACACAUAAAUACAAAAUAACCAUUUCAUUUCUUCAGUGGCUUGUUUUUCGUGAGAAGUAAUGUAGAGAGAAUAAAAAUCCGCAAAAAAAUCCAAACUUUAGUGGAAAUCGAAACAAAAAUAGAACGCUACAGGCAAUAAUAUUACACAAAAAUCCGAUGGAAAUAUGCAGAAGCAGCUGUUAGUUAUACUGUUUAAUUAAAAAAAAGAAAUAAUCAAACUAAAGACAUGCAAGAUUUAAAAAGAAAAAUAUCGAAAUAGAUUCAUUGAAAGCUCACACCGUACCAGAAAGAGACUAAUAUUAGGUGUUAAGCGGGGUGAAACUUGUUAAAAUAAUAAUAAAGAUUCACCUUUAAAUACACCGUUUUACUGAAUGAACUUAAACUAGCCGAAACAAUUUUUUGGAUUACAAACCACACAUUUCGUAGAGAAUAUUCUAGAUCAAAACAUAAAGCCUGAACACACACAAACACUCACACAUACAAAAUGCAAUUAGAAUAAAGUGAAAAUAUGAAAAGAAUGAAAUAUUGAAAUGUGCAUCGCAUGACAAACAUUCAAAUUUGCAGUCAAAUUAUAAAUCCAAAAGACACAGUACAAUUUUGAACUUUGAGACUUUUGAUCCCCUCCUUGUUUUCAGCUUAUUUAUUCAUAGAUUGUGUGUUUUCUUUUCGGAUAUACUCACUCCAACUUUUUGACAUUGUGCAUACACGUAUUCAUUGCAUAAGAAGGACUGCAAUUGAUUUAUUUUUUUCCUUUCAACGUCCAAACACAUAAACACACAUACACAAACUAUUUUUGAAACGAUUGUAUUAUACAACAAAAGAAAAAUCAAUUGUUUCUUUCAGAAACCUCGCUUAUGAAAAGGAACUACUAAGAUAUGGACUAUUUUCGAGUCGAAUUUUUACAUACAAUAUUUUUUGCGUGCCUACAAUCUUUGUUUUCCAUCCUACAAUCAAGACAAAAAAAAAGAAACGCAUCGAGUCUAAUCACAUUUUCUUAUUUUACAACAUUUUCCUCAUGUAUACGCUUGCUCUAUCUAUCUGACACUCACAUUCAAACAUAAUUCACGUAUUGGCGCAUAUGUCUGUUUUUCACUCCGAAAUGGCAUCCAGUGCACCUUUGCACCAACAUAAAAGCGAAUUUUCACCUUUCAAAAAGCACAUCUUUUGUUCGGUAAUAUUUGAUCCUCUAUAAAGUCAACUCUUUCAUCUCAUGCGCUUCGUUCUCUCGAACAUUGUUUGCUUUCACCAUUCAAAGGAGAGAAGAAAAAAUAUAUGAAGAAAUAAGCCACUGCAUAAGCCUCAAGACAAACAAACAAACAAUUAAAAUACAAUGAAUCUGCCCAGAAAACACUUCCAAUAAGACAAACAAAAACUGAUAUUUUGACAUGUUUUACAACGAGAUAUCAUGCCUUACAACAUGUUUCAUUUACUCGAUUGAGUUGAACACAAAAAACAACAGCAACAACAUUCGUCUCUUUUAUUCUUUUGAACAUUCGCGCGCGUCACAUUUAUGUUUACAAAAUGCAUCACAAUACAUACAAACAAACACAUACACGCAUGUAUGCAUUUUCUUUUUUGAAACAUUUCGUUUCAAUCGCAUUUAAGAAUCAUGAAUGAAUAGAACGAAGAAAAACUAUAAAUAUCAUCAAAAAGCAACAAAAAAAUGGCUUGAACUGCAUAGAGAAGAAAUGUGAGCCAAUUCAUUCAAAUUGUACUACGAACACAAAAACUAAAUUACCGUUAGGCUUCCAAAAAAUUGCAAGACUUUCAUAGUUCAGAGUUUUAUUGUCAAUUAUGCUCCGAAGCGACUCACUUAACUUAUACAAGAGAAAAUUAAUCAAUCCAAUGACAUGAAACGUUCAAAGUAAAAAAGAAAGCACUAGCAACUCUACAACGAUUAAUCGGAUCUUAAGAACACUUUUGGCUUUGGUUCUUUCAAUGGACUGGAUUACUUUUCUUUGACCUGCCUGUUUCCUCUCUUUGACUUAUUACAAAGAAGUUCUUCUGGCAAUGCAUCUUUUUUACAAAAGCAAAAAAAAAGUUUUUGACUCUUGAACAAGAAAUUAUCGAAAUGACUAAAAGCAAACGAAGAAGUAAUCAUGAAUUUAAAAAGACUUAUUUUUCAAUAAUUGAAAACAUUUUUUUUUUGGGGCUGACUGCACGGUCAGAGCUUACGAAAUACAUACUUUAGAUAAAUAUCAAGUGGGUGUGACUGUGCAUCGAUCCAAGCGCGAAUGAAAAUCUUGACUUUAAUUGACUUAAAGUGAUCUGGAUCGAUACUAUCACACACUCAAUUUUUUGUUUAGAUUUAAAUGGUCCCUUCGGAAAUUAGUGAAUAAAAACAACACACAGAUUUAACAACUUAAAUGUUCAUGAAAAUUGAGAAAAUAAAAUAAAUGUAGUGUCAUCUAUGUUUUUCAAAAAAAAAAAUACUGUUCAUGUUCACGUUUUCAAUAUAAAAACGAUAUUGUGUAGACGAGUUGUUUGGUUCCGUGGAAAUCAAAUCGGGUGUUUUGAUCGCUCAAGAAUAUAUAAAUUGAUCAUUUUGUUUUCGGGAGCGCUGAAAUUCUAUCCGUGAGUUCCGUUUAAAAGGUCGCACUCAACUCGAACCAAAAAUAAAAAAAAUUACUGGCUAUUAUGUUAAAAUAUGUAUCAAUUGGUGUACUGUAUGUUCAGCAUAAGAGAAUGAAACAAAAGAAAAAAAACUUAUAGUGUCGAUUGAAUUUAGCAAAAUGGUAAUUCUGUACUUCAAUAUAUUUCUCUGUGAAUUCGAUGUUAGUUUUCCUCAGAUGAAACAAAAUGAAAAAAAAUAUAUUUAGAUAUAUUUAAUUUUGUUCUCUCUUGGACUGUAGUUAUUUUUAUCUGGCUAAUCUAUUUAAAACAAAAAAUGCUUGUAAAAUCUAUUUCUUUUCCUGGACAGUCUAUCCUGCAUCUAUCAAUCACUCUCUCAUUUAUUCGUUUUGAUCAAAUUUAUUUUUGUAUUUAUUUCUCUUAUUUAAUCUCUUUUUUAUUUAAUCGACAAUCAGUGUACGGUUGUAAGCAACAAGGAAGUCGAAACUAUCAUUUUGACAAAUAGUUCUAAUUUUUUUUCUCGAUUUAAUUGUGAGUCUUUUAGUUUUGUCAAUAAUCAAAUCUUCUUAUUCACACAAACAUAUACCCAAAAACAACAAUCUCGCGUCCACAAGGUCAAAAACGCUCUACAUGGUGCAAACCACACACUAUAAAACUAAUAAAGUAAAUAGAUAAAAAAAAGAAAAGAAACAACAGAACAUCCAUUCACCAAAGAGAACAUUUAAUAAAAAAAAAGAAUGCAACAUUUUUUGAACAAAUAAAAUAAAUAAUACAAUUUACCGAAGAAAAAAAAAUGCAAAAAAAUAG